AGUACACAUAUAUUUUUCUAUCAUAUGAAAACUUUAUAUGACUAAUACUUUAUGAUGACUUUGAAAUAUGUUCUUUUUCAUGAUAUAUAGCAUUUGCUGUUAAGCGAGUUAAGGUUUGCCAUUUGACACAGUUUGCAAACACUUUAAACACAGUCCAUAUUGUUAUCCUCUGACCCCAGUUUGUCUUUCUGUCCUCCAUACCUGCUCAGGUGUGUUUGUGUAUCCUCUUGGGGAGAAGGAGGUCGUGGUGGGUUUUAGAGGCUGAGGUGUCCGGCUGGUCAGUGUGGAGCUCCAGAGUCAUGAGAAACUGGAUGACUGCUGUUUGAUCUGCUGCCCGGGACCGACAGGAACAAGUUUGGAAAUGCAGUGCUCCAAUGGUGAUGGUUUUUACAUCCCCACUAACAUACACAAUCACUACAAGCAUUUCCCAACAGGUUCUCUCACAAACAGGUUCCCCAUUUUUAUUAUAGCAAGUGUUGCAGAAAUAUUUAAUUUCAAAUAAUGGAGGCAGCUACUGUACAACCCCCCACUAAAUCACCAUGGCAGUUAUUGAAUAGUGCCCAAUAUAAUCCAGUUAAGAAAUAAUAUUUAAUAGAUAUAUUUUAUAAUGUAAUAUUAUAAAGACCCCUACAUUUGUUUUGUAUUUUUACAGGCUUUUUGUCACUGCUCACAAGCACACAGAAAUGUAUUUCCUCAUAAAUCUUGUAUGUCUCUUUAUGAGGCAUUGUGUUGGCCCACCUUGAACCAUGCAGGCAGCGUUCGUUUUUUUCAGAGAGCUGUGUGCCUGUUUUGGUUGGUUUACGUUAAUAUCUGACCUUAAUUUCCAGUGUUUCAGAGCAGGACUGCUUCAUCUGGUGAAAUACUGUAUAUUAAACAUCAAUGUUACUGUCAGAAAAAACGGUCUCUAGCUGUCACUGGGCCGAUACCCUUUUAAAAAGUACACCUUUGCACCUAAAAAGUUUAUAUAAGUACCUUGGAGAUACAUACUGUACUGGUAGUAAAUGUAUAUCUAUACCUAAAUGGUACUUGAUGUUUGAUGCUUGUACAGAGGAAACAUUUGUCAGAGACUUAAACAGCAUGUCUCCAUCUGAACCUCAUUAUUGAACCUCAAGUGGUAUAGAGCAUUUCAAAAUAUAUGAAAAAUGGCCAAAAAAUAUAUGUGCUGAAAUAAUUUGAAAUAUGUUUUAUAAAUAAAUAUAUUUUAAAGCAUUUAUAUUUGAUUUUAUGUUUGAAAAGGUUAAAAUUAUAAUGUAAUAAUUUAAUUAUACUUUAUAUUCAUACAAACUUAUGUUUUGGCCUGGAAAGAUUUUUUGCAGUAUGGGUUGUAAAAUUAGAAAUGUAUUUGUUGCCACUGAAACAAAUUUUGAAAAAAUCCCCAGAGUUAAAUGAACACUGCUGGGUGUAUAUAUUGUCCCAAAGUGUUAAUAAGUAUGAUGCAGAAUUAAAAUAAAUUAAAAGCUGCAAUCUGUUACUUUAUCCUCUCUGUCACCAUCUCUGUUUGAAACCUAAAAUUGCAUUUGAGUUAUGUUCUUAACUUUAGAUGUAGGCUGUUCUGAUUUUGAUGACUCUCUUUCUGGAGAAAGUAACACAUAAUCACGAAGAAAGCCAAACUAUAAAAUGCAAUAGAUGAAUACAGUAAAAUCCCCAAGUUAAAUGAACACUGUUGAGUGUAUAUGACUCCACCUUACAGAAUGUUAAUCUUCGCCUCUCUAUUGCCAUCUCUGUCUGAAACCUAAAAUACAAGUUGCUUACAGAGUUACAUAAACUUCUAAACUGCUGUCAGAACAAAUACAAGUGCUCAACUAUUCCAGCAUCCACACACGUGAUUUAGUAGACAAAUCUUUUCACUGGGUCUAAUAAUGACACACUGUGUAUAUUGAUUGUGCAAAGGUUUUUGUGUAACAUCACAGUACUGAACUUUAAGUAAAGUAUUGCAUGUUAAACACUUUUUCCCUCAGACAUACACAAACUCCAACAAGUCUUUUAGCAUUCGUUGUAAACUUGUGGACCUAUUUUUCCAGACGCCUCACACCCGUAUAUUCUUCCGUUGAGAGCUUGAAUAAUAAACACUUCAGCCCAGUUGGUGGCGUUCCCGGCGCGGAGUAAUACCGUACCUAACAGCACAUCUAAUACAAGUCAAUGGAGUUGGAUAAAACUACGAUAAAACCUGUUGGAAAGCAUCUUUUGCAGCGAUUUUUAUCAGUGAACACCCCUGACCACAUUGUCUGUUUGGAUCUACUGAAGGAUCCGGUGACCAUUCCCUGUGGACACAGUUACUGUAUGAGCUGUAUUACAGACUGCUGGGAUCAGAAGAGAGACUACAGCUGCCCUCAGUGCCGACAGACCUUUACUACAAGACCUGAUUUAAAUAAAAACACCAUGCUGGCUGAAGUGGUGGAGAAACUGAAGAAGACAAAACUACAAGCUGCUCGUCCUGAUCACUGUUAUGCUGAAGCUGGAGAUGUGAAGUGUGACGUCUGUACUGAGAGAAAACACAAAGCUGUCAAGUCCUGUCUGGUGUGUCUGAACUCUUACUGUCAAAAUCAUCUUGAACAACAUGAGAAAUUCUUCAAAGGCAAGAAGCACAACCUGAUAGACGCAACUGAACGACUUCAGGAGAUGAUCUGUCCACAACAUGAGAAACUUUUAGAGAUUUACUGUAAAACUGAUCAGCUCUGUAUAUGUCUCCUGUGUAUGGUGGAUGAACACAAUGAACAUAAGACUGUAUCAGCUGCAGCAGAGAGGACUGAGAAACAGAAAGAACUGAAGGAGACACAGAGAAAAUACCAACAGAGAAUCCAGGAGAGCCAGAAGAAGCUUCAGGAGCUGAGAGAUGCUGUGGAGACUCAUAAGCGCUCUGCACAGACAGCAGUGGACGACACUGAGAGGAUCUUUACUCAACUGAUCCAAACCAUUGAGAGAAGACGAUCUGAGGUGACACAGCUGAUCAGAGAUCAGGAAAAGACUGCAGUGAGUGAAGCUGAAGGACUCUUGAAGCGACUGGAGCAGGAGAUUGAUGAUCUGAGGAGGAGAGACGCUGAGCUGGAGCAGCUUUCACACACAGAUGAUCACAUCCAUUUCCUCCAGAGUUUUCAGUCUCUCUCUGUUCCUCCUGGAUCUUCAGACUCACUCAGCAUCACUGUCAGCUCUCUCAUCUCUUUUGAUGAUGUAGGAAAAUCUGUGUCUCAUCUGAGAGAGAAACUGGAGGAUUUCUGUAGAAAAGAGAUAGAAAAUAUAUUUAAUAGAGUUACUCCUAAGCCCAGUACCAGGGAGCAGUUCCUUAAAUAUUAUCAUCAAGUCAAUCUGGAUCGAAACACAGCACAUAAACGUCUCUGUCUGUCUGAGGGGAACAGAGUGAUUACUAAAACUGGCACAGUCCAGCCGUAUCCUCAUCAUCCAGACAGAUUUGAUGUUUAUCUUCAGGUGUUGUGUAGUGAGAGUUUGAGUGGACGCUGUUACUGGGAGGUUGAGUGGAGAGGUAAUGUGGAUAUCUCAGUGUCAUAUAAGAGCAUCAGCAGGAAGGGAGAGGGUUAUAAGUGUUUGUUUGGAUUUAAUGAUCAGUCCUGGAGUUUGUGCUGCUGUGACUCCAGUUGUUCAUUCUUUCACAAUAACAUUAAGACUGUUCUCCCUGUAGUGCUCAGAUCUUCUAGAAUAGGAGUUUAUGUGGAUCACAGUGCAGGAUCUCUGUCCUUCUACAGCGUCUCUGACACAAUGACCCUCAUCCACAGAGUCAACACCACAUUCACUAAACCUCUCUAUCCUGGGUUUUAUGUUUAUGGAUCAGUGAAACUGUGUGAUCUAACAAUAUAGAUGUUACAGAGAUUGUCAUAGAAGUUUGAAAGUAAUGAAAAAUCAACAACUAUGAAGUGUCAAGCAUAACAUUUCUAAUCACUUUAUUAUUAUCGAGUUUCUCACUACAGGUUUCUAGAUUUUACAUGUACAUAUUCCUAAACAAUUUUGAUUUCUUGUCAGCAUAAAUUUAUUAUUUAAGCAUUUUGUCGUUUGCCUCCAGAGGGCGCUAAAGUUUAAAGUAAACGAAUAAAUCCUUGGCGUUCAUUGUUUCAGUGUUUUUAUUUAAAGGAUGCAUUUUUCCAAAAACUUUUGAGAUCUAAAAAAACCCACAUGUUACUUAUACUAUUCGAUAAAUUAUAAAAUUCAACCCGUGAUCACCCGUGUUGUUCAUGUCUUUCUCAGUUUUAAAACAUUAUAGUGAGAUUACUUUUCUGUCUCAGAAAUGUUAACAAUUGUUUUUUGUUUUUGUGGCAGAUUAAUAACCAUUUGUAUUUCCAUAGUUUUAUUACAAAUACGAAAUAAAAAUAAAUAUAUAAUUACAAAUAAAUAUAUUUUUUCAGACCUACAAAUACCAUUAUUAAACUUUGGUUACUUUUCCUCGACAAUAGUAAAUUUGUCAGUAGAUUUGGAAUAUGAUUGGUUACCAGUUUUACUUUAGAUAAAACCAAAAACAAGUUGCUUAAACUAUGUUUAAUUUUCAUCAAGAGUGUUUUAUCUAAAAACCACCUUAGUGAGAUAUGAUUAGUGUCUUGUAAACGUAUAAGAAAUCAUUUAGUAACUGCAGAAUAAAAUUUAUUUUAGACUCACCCAGAUCAAAUCUGGACCCUGCAAAUAUGCAAAACUGUUUACUGCACAAACUCUAAAUAAACAAAAAUGCAUAUAUAUUUAGAUUAUUAUGCACUUGCAUGGGUUGUCUUAGUUGUGCGCGCGCUCGCGUGAGUGAAUGCGCGCUGUAGUGAAGUAUGACUUGCGCGCGCCUCCCUCCGCCCAGAGGAUGAUGGAGAGAAAAGAGGAGAGGAUCCUGUGACACCUCACCGUCCCAAUCACAGCAAACCGGGCAAAAAUCACACCACAGCACAUCAAGAAGAUUGCCGCCUGUUGCCGGGCAGCACGCAAGG